UCUUUUCCCCCACUCUUCCUUAUAAAUCCUUAUUCCUUAUCCCCUUCGCAAAAUCAAAUCUCUCACUUUCUUCUCAAAUCAAAAGCAGAUUCCCUCUCUCUCUCGAUCUCUAUCGUUUACCGAUCUUUGAUUGAUAUGGCGGAGGUUUUGCGUCCGGAGAUGUUGGACAUAUCCAACGACACUUCUUCCUUAGCCUCGCCGGAGCUUCUUCACGUUCUUGCCGUCGACGAUAGCAUCGUCGAUCGGAAGUUCAUCGAGCGGUUGCUCAGAGUAUCUUCUUGUAAAGUUACUGUUGUCGAUAGCGCCACAAGAGCUUUGCAAUACCUUGGAUUAGAUGGAGACAAUAGUUCUGUUGGAUUUCAGGAUCUGAAGAUUAAUCUGAUAAUGACCGAUUACUCUAUGCCUGGGAUGACUGGUUAUGAACUAUUGAAGAAGAUCAAAGAAUCAUCAGCUUUCAGAGAAAUACCGGUUGUGAUUAUGUCCUCAGAGAACAUCUUGCCUCGUAUAGAUAGAUGUCUUGAAGAAGGUGCUGAAGAUUUCUUAUUGAAGCCUGUGAAGUUGGCUGAUGUGAAGAGAUUAAGAGAUUCCUUAAUGAAAGCUGAGGAAAGAGUAUUCAAGAAUAUUAUGCACAAGAGGGAGCUAGAAGCUAAUGAUAUCUACUCACAGCUAAAACGCGCAAAGAUCUAAGUCUUUUGUGUUCAUAUUCCACGAUAUGAUCUGAUAAAGCUUCGUAUGAAAGGCUAAAAGAUUCACACGCACUUUAGAAUUUCCUGAUUCUUUCGGCUUUCAAUUUUGAGAAGUUAACCUUUUUAGCUGACAGAACCAGUGAGGACUGAGGAAGGUUUUUUCAUAAAUAGAAAUGUAAAUUUUAGACAGAAGAAAAUUUGGAUUCAUUAAAUUGGGAGGUUUUUUCGUAGUUUUUCUUUUUCUUCACAUGAAUUAUGUAAAAUGAUAAUGUUAAUCGUGGAAGUUUACUAUCUAGAAACCUUAAUUCUGGCUAUCAAAACCAGAGCCGUGCUUACCAUGGUUUGAAAAAGGCUUUGUUCCUGAUGUGUAAUUUUUAGGACUCCUAAUUUCAUAAAAUUAUUAAUAUACAGUUUUGGAUAGAUUUUCAGUUGA